GUUUUCAGCAAAUAAACAUCAUUUCACACGAGCAGGCUAUAAAAAGCAGACCACCAAUAGAUUGAGCCACAGAACUUUGUCGAGAACAGAAUCAUGAAGGGUGCAUUCAUUGCCUUGGCACUCUUAGCCGUGUCAACUCACGCACAAACUGACUGUCCAGACUGCGGACCACCAGUCAUUCCACCAAAUUGUGCUCAACCAGACUGCAGCAUCCCAGCAAAUCAACAGAACCGUGCCUUAUUCCCACAUCCUGAUCCAAAUUUGUACUGGCAAUGCACACCUGGAACUGUUAUUGGAACAUGGGCAGCAAUGGCUAGACCUUGUGCAUGUGGAACUCAUUUCAAUCCAAAUGUAUCACCUCCGAGGUGCACUUUCUGGUUUGAGAGAAGUUGGCAACCAAUUUGUGGAUGGGCGAGACCACCUUACAUGAGACCAUGUGAGCCUUGGUGCCCAGAGUGUGGAGGAGAUGGUGGACCUGACGUUACAGCACCAACACAAUUUCCAAUUACAACAACAGUUGCUCCACCAACACCACCUGCUUGCAAUUGUCCGUGCGUUCCUUGCAUCUGGUGGCCAUGUAUCCCAUGCAACCCAUGCGCAUGCUAAUUCCACAACCUAAUGAAGUCACAACUUUCGAAAUUUAAAAAAAAGUAGGUUUAAUAGAAAUCAAGGUUUGCGGUCCUGAUGAAAUGAUCAAAAAUGACCAAAAUGUAAUUAAUCAGUUCCACAACCUUGAUAGAAAUAAGGAAGGCAACAGUUUUUAAUUUUAAAUUAUUUAAUGUUAUUUGAAAUGUCACAAAAUCCACACAGUUACAAAUAAGUUGAAAAUACAAGAAAAAGAUUAA